CAACAAGGCUCCGAAUCAUGGACGUAUGAUGGACGAACAACGUCCUCGAUUAUGUUAUUUGCAGGAUACUUAAACUGCCAACCCCUGGAAAACCUCUACUCUUACAGGAAGGAAGCAAAUGCCAUCUAAGUAGAGGCUUUAUAGUGUACGGAUGUAUACAAAAGACGACGUUUCUAGAUUUCAAGAUGGAGAUCAGUCUCCAGUCGCGAAUGGCGGGUGUGAUGUGUAUUACGCUGGUCAUUCCUCCAUGUACCGUGGUAGGCUGGUGGCGUUGUCCAAGCGGACCGUCAAUGCCUUGUGCGCUGGGAUUGCUGCGAGCCAAUUGCGUUCGAUAAUUUUCCAUAUUACACAAGGCGUACUCCGAAAGUCCAAGCUCCGCGAUGCGAUCCUCAUCAUGCCACCUACUCCAGGCGCUCUGAAGAGGUUGUGGUGGAAAUGGAAAAGUCUCAGAUUACCGUGGAGGAAAAAAUGGCUCGUUGGAUUUGAUCUGGCUGGCAAUACCUUCUGGGAGUUUAAGGAUGCGCUUCACGCAGGCAGAGUGCGGCGCAUUGUGUCAUACGGCACCAAGGUACACUUCUCAGAAGUAAAGCUUACCCCUCAAUGGAUACAAUGGCUACGUCACGCUAGAGUCGAACCACCAUCUAUCAACGAGCAGCAGCUCGAUGAGAUACGACAGGCACAAAUGAAAGAGCUCGCUGCACGAGCGGACGCGCGAUGGGCUGCCAAAGAAUCGGCUCUCGAUAUGCCAACUCCGAGACGGCAACUACCAUCCGCAACCCAGACCUCAGAAAGUACACCGCAGGACAUGAACCGUCAGGCACAGGUACCAAAUAAGGCAUUUGAGGCAGCAGAAAAGCCGAAAGAGGAGAUUCCAUCAUUAUUGCAGGAUAGGGCGGCGCAAGAUGUGCCAAAAGGGACGCCGUCGACCACGUCUCCGCAGCCGCCGAAAAAGGUCAAAGAGUUCACUGCGUACAAGCUGGCAAAGGACGUCGAGCAACAACCGGAGCCGUGGACUCCAAAGGCCAUGAAGAGGAGAUAAUGUGACUUGUAAGAAUAGAUGUACUUAACAAAGUUACGAACAAUGAUUGAAACGGAGGACGCGAUUCCUGUCCCUAAUCCGUGUAUGCGGUUCCUCAGGGACUGAUUCAACCAAGCUAUCGCUGCAUCUCGUCGUUCUGUCCCUACGGGUCGAUCUGACCAUGCAUUCCCAGGUGUCCAACAUGAGAGCGCGUUCAGUGUCUUGCUCCUAGUUGAGUUUGUAGAUGCCCGGUCACUUGGGCCUUUCAGCUUCUACGCGCAAAAAUAGUCAAAUGUCUUAAUCUAGUCACGAUGCAUCAUGAAU